AUGACCCGUGUAUUUAAUAAAAACAUCUCUGCUCCGUCUGACUGUCUCUGCUCCACCCGACACCUCCACCCGACACCUCCACCCGACACCAGACACCUCCACCAGACACCUCCACCCGACACCUCCACCAGACACCUCCACCUCCACCAGACACCUCCACCAGACACCUCCACCCGACACCUCCACCCGACACCUCCACCAGACACCUCCACCAGACACCAGACACCUCCACCCGACACCUCCACCCGACACCUCCACCAGACACCUCCACCCGACACCUCCACCAGACACCUCCACCAGACACCUCCACCAGACACCAGGCACCAGACACCUCCACCUCCACCCGACACCUCCACCCGACACCUCCACCCGACACCUCCACCAGACACCUACACCCGACACCUCCACCCGACACCUCCACCAGACACCUCCACCAGACACCUCCACCUACACCCGACACCUCCACCAGACACCUCCACCAGACACCAGACACCUCCACCCGACACCUCCACCAGACACCUCCACCUCCACCAGACACCUCCACCAGACACCUCCACCCGACACCUCCACCCGACACCUCCACCAGACACCUCCACCAGACACCAGACACCUCCACCCGACACCUCCACCCGACACCUCCACCAGACACCUCCACCCGACACCUCCACCAGACACCUCCACCAGACACCUCCACCAGACACCAGGCACCAGACACCUCCACCUCCACCCGACACCUCCACCCGACACCUCCACCCGACACCUCCACCCGACACCUCCACCAGACACCUACACCCGACACCUCCACCCGACACCUCCACCCGACACCUCCACCAGACACCUCCACCAGACACCUCCACCUACACCCGACACCUCCACCAGACACCUCCACCAGACACCAGACACCUCCACCCGACACCUCCACCCGACACCUCCACCAGACACCUCCACCAGACACCAGACACCUCCACCCGACACCUCCACCCGACACCUCCACCAGACACCUCCACCAGACACCUCCACCUCCACCCGACACCUCCACCCGACACCUCCACCAGACACCUCCACCUACACCCGACACCUCCACCAGACACCUCCACCAGACACCUCCACCAGACACCUCCACCAGACACCUCCAUCACACUGUAA